AUGAAGAGAAAGGCAGAUUCACAGCCGCAAAAGGCGAAGCAGUCCAAGAGGACAAAGAAGGGCAAGUUGUCCGUCACGGCGGAGGAGGCCAAGAAGAGGUUUCGCAAGGGGCUCUUUGAGCAGUCGGUGCUGGACACCUCGACGAAAGCAUAUGCGGAAUCGACGCCGUACAAGCAUGCGGUGAUCCACGAGCUGGUGGACGACAAGCUGCUGCGGUCGGUGCGCGACGAGAUCCGGGAAAACGUGUCGUUCACGCCCAAAGAGACGGACAUCUACAAGAUCCACCAGUCGGGCGACCUGGCCAACCUAGACGGACUCGAGGACAAGGCGCUGGCCAAGCUGCCAUCGCUGCUAUCGCUGCGAGAUGCGAUCUACUCGGAGACCUUCCGCGACUACGUCUCGCACAUCACCGGGUGCGGGCCGCUGAGCGGGCGCAAGACUGACAUGGCCAUCAACGUGUACACGCCCGGCUGUUAUCUGUUGUGCCACGACGACGUGAUUGGCAGCCGCAAGGUCAGCUACAUCCUCUACCUGACGGACCCAGACACGCCGUGGCAGGCCGAAUGGGGCGGCGCCCUACGGCUGUUUCCCGUCUCUGAGCAGGUGGGCGACGAUGGCGCGGUAGCCAAGACGCCGGGCGCAGACCCCGUCAAGGUCAUCCCGCCGGCCUGGAACCAGCUGAGCUUCUUUGCCGUGCAGCCGGGUGAGAGCUUCCACGACGUCGAGGAGGUCUACCCCGCCGACUCGGCCGAGCAGCUACGCAAAGACAGCGGUCGCGUGCGCAUGGCCAUCAGCGGUUGGUUCCACAUCCCGCAGCCAGGCGAGGCUGGCUUCGUGCAGGGCGCCGAGGCGGCCCAGCUCAAGAACAGCGGGCUCAUGCAGCUGCAGGGCAACCCGGACCAGCACGACCGGCCGCAGACCAAGUCGGUGGUGGUGGGCGACAACAGUCAGGCCAGCCACAGCAGCAACAGCCAUGAGUUUGACGAGGCCGACCUCGAGUUCCUGCUCAAGUACCUCUCGCCAGCCUAUCUCACACCCGACACGCUGGCCGGCAUGUCGGAGCAUUUUCAGGAGAACUCGAGCAUCACGCUGCCGACGAUCCUGAACGCCAAGUUCUCGGCGCGCCUGCAGGAGGACAUUGCCCGGCGUGAGGCCGAAGCGGCGACGACAGACGACAAGGGAAAGAAGGGCAAGAAAGGCAAGAAAGGCAAGAAGGAUAGACGGGAGGAGGCUGGCGGCCGCUGGAAGGUGGCGAAGCCGCCACACAAGCAUCGCUUCCUGUAUGUGCAGCCGGGCGACGAGCCGGAGGACUCGCCGUGGCACGAGCUGCUCGACGUGCUGCUGCCGAGCCAGGCGUUCCGCACGUGGCUAGAGAUUGCGACGGAUACGACGGUGACGUCGUAUGACCUGUUGGCGCGGCGCUUCCGGCGAGGCCAGGACUAUACGCUUGCGACUCAGCACGAUGGCGAGGCGCGGCUGGAGCUUAAUAUUGGUCUGACGCCGACGACCGGAUGGGGUGAUGAGGAGGAGGAGGACGAAGAGGAGGAAGAGGAAGAGGAAGAGAAACAGACAAAAGGAAAAGGCAAGGAAAAGGCCAGCAAGAAGAGUGCUAAGAAUGGGGUGAAGAGCAAGAAGGGCGGAAAGGACGAAAAGGACGAAAAGGACAAGGACAAGGACGAGGAUGAGGCGGACAAGGAUGAUGACGGCGUUGGCGGCCACGAGGUAUAUAUGGCGGGCGACGAGGACGACACAGAGGACGCAGCUGUGUACCGGACAAGCAGCGACGAGGACAACAUUCUGUUUUUCCAAGCGGCAGCGUGGAACAAGAUGACGAUUGUGCUGCGCGACAGCGGAACGCUGCGGUUUGUCAAGUACGUCAACCGCAAGGCACUGGGCGACCGCUGGGACGUGUCGGCAACGUUUGAAAUUGAGGAGGAGGAGGACGGAGAGGAGGAAAACGGGGCAGACCCCAAUGCAGACAUUGAGGACAGCUCUUCGGAGGAGGAGUUCCGCGGCUUCUCGAGCAGUGAGGACAGCUCUUCGGACUGA